UAGGGCGCGGAGAAGGGCAGCGGCUGGGUGACAGCUCCGCGGCGCGCUCGAGUGCGGGCGGGGGGCUGGGCUGGGCUGUCAGCCCGUCUCUGCUCCACUGCCAGGAAGGGCGAGGCGCCGAGAGACUCCGGCGCCUCCGCAGAGCCCCCGGGCGGCCCCUGCGGCGGAGAUUGGGGGCGAGGGGAGGGGACUCGGGCGAAGGGCCUCGGCGGGGCUUUGGAGGCGGUGGCGAGGAAGGAAGGGGAGGCGAGGGCAUAAUAUGGCGCAACGCUAGGAUAAUCUCCACCGCGCCCGAGGGAGGACGAGCCCACUGCUGCAGCAGCGCGAGGAGGAGGAGGAAAACGGUCAGGGCUUGGGUAUCCGAUUCAUCCCCCGGAGCCUGCGGGCUACGAGGAAGAAACGCCGCGGCGGGCAAGCGAGAGAAGAGGAGGUGAUAGACGCGGCCGGAGAAGAUGUCGGGCCAAACGCUUACGGAUCGGAUCGCCGCCGCUCAGUACAGCGUGACAGGCUCCGCUGUUGCGAGAGCGGUCUGCAAAGCCACCACUCAUGAAGUGAUGGGCCCCAAGAAAAAGCACCUGGACUAUUUGAUCCAGGCUACCAAUGAGACCAAUGUUAAUAUUCCUCAGAUGGCCGACACACUCUUUGAGAGGGCAACAAACAGUAGCUGGGUGGUUGUAUUUAAAGCUUUAGUCACAACACAUCAUCUCAUGGUGCAUGGAAAUGAGAGAUUUAUUCAGUACUUGGCCUCUAGAAAUACACUGUUCAAUCUCAGCAAUUUUUUGGACAAAAGUGGAUCCCAUGGUUAUGAUAUGUCUACCUUCAUAAGGCGUUAUAGUAGAUAUUUGAAUGAAAAGGCUUUCUCUUACAGACAGAUGGCAUUUGAUUUUGCCAGAGUGAAGAAAGGGGCCGAUGGUGUAAUGAGGACAAUGGCUCCUGAAAAGCUACUCAAGAGUAUGCCGAUACUACAGGGACAGAUUGAUGCACUGCUUGAGUUUGAUGUGCAUCCCAAUGAGCUAACAAAUGGUGUCAUAAAUGCUGCAUUUAUGCUUCUUUUCAAAGAUCUUAUCAAACUUUUUGCUUGCUACAAUGAUGGCGUUAUUAACUUACUUGAAAAGUUUUUUGAAAUGAAGAAAGGACAAUGUAAAGAUGCCCUAGAAAUUUACAAACGAUUUCUAACUAGAAUGACACGAGUAUCUGAAUUUCUCAAAGUUGCAGAGCAAGUUGGCAUUGAUAAAGGUGACAUUCCUGACCUCACGCAGGCUCCCAGCAGUCUUAUGGAGACCCUUGAACAGCAUCUAAAUACAUUAGAAGGAAAGAAACCCGGAAACAAUGAAGGAUCUGGUGCUCCCUCUCCGUUAAGUAAGUCUUCUCCAGCCACAACUGUUACGUCUCCUAAUUCUACACCAGCUAAAACUAUUGAUACAUCCCCACCGGUUGAUUUAUUUGCAACUGCGUCUGCAGCUGUCCCUGUCAGCACUUCUAAACCAUCUAGUGAUCUCCUGGACCUCCAGCCAGACUUUUCUUCUGGAGGGGCAGCAGCAGCCGCAGCACCAGCGCCACCGCCACCUUCUGGAGGAGCCACCGCAUGGGGAGACCUUUUGGGAGAGGAUUCUCUGGCUGCACUUUCCUCUGUUCCCUCUGAAGCACAAAUUUCAGAUCCGUUUGCACCAGAACCUACCCCUCCUACUACAACUUCUGAAAUUGCAACUGCUUCAGCCUCUGCCUCAACUACCACAACUGUCACUGCUGUCACUGCUGACGUCGAUCUCUUUGGAGAUGCCUUUGCAGCUUCUCCCGGGGAGGCCCCUGCAGCAUCCGAAGGGGCCGCCGCGCCAGCGACCCCAGCCCCCGUAGCCGCAGCCCUUGAUGCAUGCUCAGGAAAUGACCCCUUUGCCCCGUCUGAAGGUAGUGCAGAGGCUGCACCAGAGCUGGACCUCUUUGCAAUGAAGCCACCUGAGACCAGUGUUCCCGUAGUUACCCCUACAGCUAGCACAGCCCCUCCGGUUCCCGCCACUGCUCCUUCUCCUGCUCCCGCUGUCGCGGCUGCCACUGCUGCCACCACCGCCGCCGCCGCCACCACCGCCGCCGCCACCGCCACCACCUCCGCCACCACCACCGCCGCUCCUCCUGCUCUAGAUAUCUUUGGUGAUUUGUUUGAGGCCCCUCCGGAAGUCGCUGCGGCACCUAAGCCGGAUGCUGCGCCUAGCAUAGACCUGUUUGGGACAGAUGCUUUCUCCUCUCCACCACAAGGGGCCUCUCCUGUGCCUGAGAGUUCUCUCACUGCUGACCUCUUAUCCGUGGAUGCAUUUGCGACACCAUCUCCUGCAACCACUGCCUCUCCAGCAAAGGUGGAUUCUUCAGGUGUGAUAGACCUUUUUGGGGAUGCAUUUGGAAGUAGUGCUUCUGAACCCCAACCUGCACCUCAGGCUGCUUCUAGUUCAUCAGCGUCGGCAGACCUACUAGCUGGAUUUGGGGGUUCUUUUAUGGCUCCUUCUCCAUCACCAGUGACUCCAGCUCAGAAUAACCUGCUACAGCCCAACUUUGAGGCAGCUUUUGGAACAACGCCUUCAACUUCUAGCAGCAGCUCCUUUGACCCAUCAGUGUUUGAUGGUCUAGGUGAUCUACUGAUGCCAACCAUGGCACCAACUGGGCAGCCUGCACCCAUUUCAAUGGUACCCCCCAGUCCAGCUAUGGCAGCAAGCAAAGCCCUUGGGAGUGACCUUGACUCAUCUCUUGCCAGCUUAGUAGGCAAUCUUGGAAUUUCUGGUACCACAUCCAAAAAGGGAGAUCUUCAGUGGAAUGCAGGAGAGAAAAAGUUGACUGGUGGAGCCAACUGGCAGCCGAAGGUCGCCCCCGCAACUUGGUCAGCAGGCGUCCCACCAAGUGCACCUUUGCAAGGAGCUGUACCUCCAGCCACUUCGGUUCCUCCUGUUGCCGGGGCCCCAUCUGUUGGACAGCCUGGAGCAGGGUUUGGAAUGCCUCCUGCUGGGACAGGCAUGCCCAUGAUGCCUCAGCAGCCAGUCAUGUUUGCCCAGCCCAUGAUGAGGCCACCCUUCGGAGCCGCGGCUGUACCGGGCACACAGCUUUCUCCAAGCCCUACACCUGCCACUCAGAGUCCCAAGAAACCUCCAGCAAAGGACCCAUUAGCGGAUCUUAACAUCAAGGAUUUCUUGUAAACAAUUUAAGCUGCAAUUUUUGUGACUGAAUAGGAAAAAAAAUAAUGAGUUUGGAGACUUCAAGUAAAAUUGAUGCUCAGAGUUUCAAAGUGAGCCACCGGUACCAAACCCAAUGCUUACUCGUAACUUCUCUUCCAAAACGUGUAGCACAGCUGUGAAAGUGAACAUUAGGAAUGUGUACUACCUUAGCUGUUAUCCCUACUCUCAAAACUGUAGUGUAUUUGGGUUAUUUGUGUGUUGUACGAUGUAAAAACAAUGAAUGGAUGUUUCUGAUGCCUUUAGUGCUUUUCUGGACCUCGCCCAUGGACGGAUGACGCAGCUGUUGUGUGGUGAGCCAUUCGGAAAGAUGUGUCUGUGUUUUUGAGGGUUUUGAUGUACAUAUGACUUUUGGACAAACCUAAACUCUUCCCAUAAAUUCUCUUUUUCUCUGUAUCUCUGUUACAAACAUAGUGUGAUAAUAUCAAAUAGUAAGGAAAACACUCUUAAAUAUACAAAACUUUUUCGGUGUGGAGUACAUUUUUCCAAUCACAGGAACUUCAACUGUUGUGAGAAAUGUUUAUUUUUGUGGCACUGUAUAUGUUCAGAAAUUUUGUUUUAAAAAAAUAUAUAAGGGUUAAUGUCCAUCAUAAAUAUUUCUCCUUGAAUCUACCUUAUCAAGAAUGAAAAAAAUCAUAUGGAAAGAAUUCCAUAUUUAAUCACUACUAUAUUAAAAUGUAUAUUUUGAUUAUAUUUGACAGGUUUUGCAUCUAAAUUGACCUAUUUAUUCAUUCUUGAUUAAAUGCACUGAAAAGCAAAGGGUCCGUUUCUAUCCCGUCCGUGAAAAUGCAAUUACAGAUGUGCUAUUCAAAUGAUGAUGAAGGCACCCCAAGGUAUUUGUGUAAUUUAAAGAUUACUGCAAAUAUUUUUGUUUUAUUGUGGGUUUUAUGUACAUCUGUUAAUUUAGUAUUUCUUUGUGUGUUCUGUAGACUAGUGUUCUUCCAUCCCUCAACUGAGCUCAAAGUAGGUUUUGUUGUACCAUUGUGAUUAGAAUUUAAACUAAUUCAGAGAAUUGUAUCCUUUACUGUACAUACUGUAUUCUUUAAUUUUUAAUUUGUUGUCAUACUGUCUGUGCUGAUGGCUUGGCUUAAGAUUUUGAUGCAUAAAUGAGGUCACUGUUGAUCAGUGUUGCUAGUGGCUUGGCAGCUCUUUGUAAAAGCAUAUUGGGUUGGAAAGGUGUUUGCCUAUUUUUCAAAUUAUUUAAUAGAUGUAUGGUACCAUUUAAAAGUGGUUGUAUCUGAAUUUACUGUGGGGAUAACAUACACUGUAAUGGGGAAAAAUUACCUAAAACCAAUUUCAAAAUGGCAUUUCUUUCUAUUUCAGUUUAAAAACCCAGUGCAUGUACGCCCUCUGAGAUGCAAUAAACACCUUGAACAAAGAAAA